AAGGAGACUGAGGCUCCAACCACGGAGAAAGAAAUCAGAACACAGAGUUGUGAAGAUUUCUUCCUGGACAAAAAGAAAAAAUACAGACAAAAGCCAAACUCAGAACCAAUAGACAGAGGUCCAGGGUUAAAAAUCACACAUUCUGUGACCAUCGAUAACUUUGGACUGUCUUCUCCCAGAGUUGUGUUCGACCGAUGCCAUGAAGCAACGGUUAGUAGUGUGAUAGCAGUCACAACCACUGAGGUCAAAUGCAUGAGCCCAAAUAUGAAGCUUGAGAUGAAUGUCGUGACAUCAGAUGAUUUAAAUAUCAAGACCACCUUUAUUCUUCAAAACUGCAGAGACAAAAGAGAAGAGGCUCAUUUUAGAACUGAGAAUCAUCAAUCUCCAAAAAACACACACAUCUACUCAUGGAACCAACAUGGAGCAGGUUACAAACAAAACACCAGCGAGAAUAUUAGCUAUAUGAUUAGCAUUGCAGAGCUGAAAGCAGAGUCAACACAUGAUUCAAAGAGUCAGAGCUCAUGGGAUGAUCCUGAAGACAUGGCUUGCCGUAAAAGCUGCUGUAAAAAUAACUUCCGUUGGGGAAACACAGGUGGCCAGACGGACACUGAUUUCACACUGGUUGAUGGAUCUUCCUGUUGCUCAUCACCCUCUGAUUUCUGGCAACAUCAGAAACAGCGCUCACUGCCCAGCAGUCUCAGUAAUGAGGCAUUAUGGGAUAUCCCUCCCCUUGAUGAAUUUGCUGAUAAGAAGGCUAGUGCACUGGAUUUCCUUGCAGAAAAUGUUGCAUCUUGUCAGAUCAGUCCCAGAGAAAGAUUCGCUGACCACCACAACACUAACUGCACGCAGACAGCAUCUGAGGUUACCUUGUGCAAAGAGUUUACACGCCAGAAUACACUGGAUGGGGACAACAGGACAAAUGUGUCCAGGUGCUGUGAACGGCUAUUCGACUUGAGUCCUCAGGAACACUUAUUCAUGAAUCCCAGAGCUUCAAUAAACAGAUCUUCUUUCACUAAAAACUUCAUCGACAAUCACGAAAGGAAGACGCGCUUGCGCAACAACAGCAUCGCCAUCCUAGAAAGCAAAACUCAUCCUGCAGGCUACAUGGACAUUCCUCCCAAAAGACGAAAGACGUACCCGGGAUUGACAUAUCAAAUGAGUCAAGCCAGAGAGAGCAUUCCCUCAUACAGAGAGUCGUUUUCCUCUGGCACACUGUCGUCGUUUUUUAUGCAGUCGCUUCCCUCUCAGGCAGAGAGGAUGGGCAGAUUUUAUGUAGAAGACGAAAGACUUCGUCCGCUUGGGAGCCGCAAAUCUUCCAGUAGCAGCAGCUAUAGACCAAGCUCAAGCUCUACAACCGGUCCCGACUCGUGUAUUCCCAAAUUCAAGGCUUACAGCUCAAUGAAAAACCCAUUCUAUCCAUCCAGGUCUGAUGAGAGCCCAGAAGAAGUCUUCUUUAGAGGCGAACAAUAUCAUGGGCCAGCAGAGCUGGACGAGAUGGAGCAACCGAGUUCUGGUUUGAUGAUCGUUGAUGGUGCGGAUCAAGAUGGUGUGCCUGAGCUGAAUGAAGUCAAUGAAAGUGGCUUUGACGAGGAGAUGCUGGAGCUGGAUGAGUCCAUUUCUCCAGGUGACACCAUGGAGAGACAUCACAGGGAGCUUCUUAUUCAUGUCAUCCCACCGUCCCUGUGCAACUCUGAGGAACAAAUCGACGAAGGAUUAUCCAACGGUGUCAAGCAUAACACGUGUGACAGAGACGAAACCGAUGCUCCAAAGAAACGGAGAGGUUCGGUAAUGACAAUAAUCACUGGGGACUGUGAGCAGAGAUUUCUACAGGGCAACCAUGUCUUCUCAUUUGAUGAGGACGUAUCACAGGAACAUCAGAUAGAUGCUUUGAGCCCUGUGAUUGAGUCUCCUACAGUUUAA